CAAAAACCCUCGCUAAAAGCCAAUUCCCAGUAUACAUAUAAAGUUAACAAUAACACACUUGAAUAAUUCAUACCUCUUUUUAUUUAUAUAUGUAAGAUUUUCAUAUCAAGAAAGAAACAAAGAAAACAGAAAGAAAGAGAAAAGAAGUAUGGGAAGGUCACCGUGUUGCGAGAAAGCUCACACAAACAAAGGAGCAUGGACGAAAGAAGAGGACGAGAGGCUCACAGCUUACAUUAAAGCUCAUGGCGAAGGCUGCUGGAGAUCUCUCCCCAAAGCCGCCGGCCUUCUUCGGUGUGGCAAAAGCUGCCGUCUCCGGUGGAUCAACUAUCUCCGGCCUGACCUUAAGCGUGGAAACUUCACCGAGGAAGAGGACGAGCUCAUAAUCAAGCUCCAUAGCCUUCUUGGAAACAAAUGGUCGCUUAUUGCCGGGAGAUUACCGGGAAGAACAGAUAACGAGAUAAAGAAUUAUUGGAACACACAUAUACGAAGAAAGCUUAUAAACAGAGGGAUCGAUCCAACGACUCAUAGACCAGUCCAAGAAUCAUCAUCAGCUUCUCAUGAUUCUAAACCUACACAGCUAGAAGCAAUAACGAAUAACACCAUUCACAUAUCCUUCACUUCUACUCCAAAGAUGGAAAACAAGUUUCCAAGUAAAGCCAGAGAAAUUUCAAUGCUUACGUUCAAAGAGGAAAAAGACGAGUCCCCGAUUGAAGCAAAGUUGCCAGAUCUGAAUCUUGAGCUCAGGAUCAGUCUUCCUGAUGUUGUUGAUCAUCGUCAUCAAGUCUUGGUCGUGGGAGAGGGAAAGUCAACAAGGGCGAGGUGUUUCAGGUGCAGUUUAGGGAUGAUAAACGGCAUGGAGUGCAGGUGCGGAAGCAUGAGGUGCGAUGUAGUUGGAGGUAGCAGCGGCAGUGGCAAGGGGAGUGACAUCAGCAACGGAUUCGAUUUUUUAGGGUUGGCAACGAGAGAGACUACUACUUCUCUUUUAGGUUUUCGAAGUUUGGAGAUGAUAUAAUAUUUUGUCAAGUUAUGCUUAGUGCGUAACUGUACACACUUUUCUUUUUUUUUGCCUAGAGAAUUAAUUUGAAGGUAACACUAUUAUUCAUCAGUUUGUAUGAAAUUUUUUUACUGUUGGAAUUUAAAUAUAUAUAGAACAUAUUUUCUUACUCA